AUGACCCUCCAUAGCUCCACCACGUUAGGUCCCAUCCAGGAACUGGAUGCUGGGCGUCGUCUGAUUGUGCUGGUCUGGCCGUCAAGGCAGUCAUUUGAGUAUAACGUGUUCUUUCGCCGAUUCCACUCGAGAUGGAUCCUUUCGACACUUUCGGAUCGCCUCCUCCGCCUUCCAAAUCGGAAUCGAGAUGGGGCCGGGACGAAGAGAGUAUAUCGCGAUCGGGCAUGGAUUCGUACCGUAGAAGAUCCCCAGGAUCGUCGCAGAAUCAGCGGCCGCGGCAGAUCCCGUUCGCCCAUGAACAUCGAUCGAUAUCAACCGGGCGACCGAAUCAGCCGUGACGAAUACUACAACGUGUCUAGAGAUCAUGCUUCCCGGGACCGUGAAGAGCGUCGACGCCAUCCCUCGCCAACCGCGGCGAACAUUGACAGAUACGUCCCCGGCCAGGAAACUGGUAGGCCCAUCAUCCGCACCAACCCUCUUCCAAGUCCUUUGACUUUGGAUUAUCAGGUCGGGUUCAAUUGGUUUGCGGAAUGGUGGCGGACCGAACAAAUAAUUAAAGAAGAAAAAGAGCGGGCAAAGCAUGGCGGCCGUCGCCCCUCCGAUCGUGUUAAAGGUGAACGAGAAGCAAGAGAGGAUCGUGAAAAGGAACGAGUGCUCAUUCAAGCAGCAUAUGAUUCUUAUAAAUCUGAAUUUCAAAUCAAAAUGGCUCGCUCUUUUGUGCAGAGGCAUAGAAACGAAGAGUGGUUCAAGGAGCGAUAUGUGCCGGAAAUUCGGGACCCAUUCCGCCAACGUUUGAUGGAAUUCAGAGUCGGGCCUUACGAAAAAUGGACGAAAGACCUUGAGACAGGACUUUUUGAUGACUUUACGUUAGAAGGAAUCUACAAAAGUGAGAGUGAUGGCGCAGGUGGCAUCGUCGAGAAAGAAGAAGGGGAAGCCACGGCCGUUGGUGAAACCCUCGGUGUCCUUGAUCUUCUGCCCACCAGGGGUGGGGAUCUCCGUGACGAAUCCCUGCUACAACCCGCUCUCCUUAUCAAGACCCUGGCGCCCAACGUCAGUCGCGAAAAGAUCGAAGAUUUCUGCAAGGAACAUCUUGGCGAAGGGGAUGGCGGGUUUAAAUGGCUGAGCUUAAGUGACCCAAAUCCAUCGAAAAAGUGUCAUCGUAUUGGUUGGAUAAUGUUGCACCCUGCCCCCGAAUCUCAUGUUGUAAUCGAAAGAGGUGACGGCAGGGAUGAAGAGGGUGAAGAAGUCGAGCCAAGCACGACAGCAAAUGGAAACAGUGGAAACUCUACAGCUGAGAAGGCGUUGGAAGCUGUAAAUGAAAAGACUAUCCAAGACCCUGUGCGCGGAGACUUUGUAUGCCAUGUUGGUGUUCAUGUUCCACCAGCACAUCCAAAGAAAAAGGCACUUUGGGACCUUUUCUCGGCCCCUGAACGUAUCGAUCGAGACCUUGAACUGGUUAAGCGUGUCGUAGCAAAGUUGGAUUCACAAAUGGCUUCUGCCGACGGCAUCACAAAGGUUGAGGAGUAUGUUGAGGAACUUGGCACCAAGGGAUUGUUGCAACCCGCUGUUACUGGGCCGGUAAAAUCGAAAAAGUCAAAGUCGUUUGAUCUAGAUUCAGAUAUGGUCUUUCUCGAGAACAGCGAGGCGGAAGAAGGCGAAGAACAAGAAGGAGACGACGAUGACGUUGAUAGCGAAGAUCUGCUCUACAAAAAGAAAGUAUUGGAUCUACUAGUCGAAUACUUGAGGCGUGUCCACAACUUCUGUUUCUUUUGUGUGUUUGAGAGUGAUUCUCUUCACGAAUUGGUUCGGAAGUGCCCUGGUGGUCAUUUGCGUCGCCCUCGCUCCGGAUUGAGCACUCACGCCAAAGCUGCGGCCAGAGCUAGCGCUCUGGGCGAGCCGUACCCGGCGAAGAAGAAAGAAGAAGUUGAAGAAGGUGAAGCCGAAGCAUCUCCAAGCGACGAGAAAAAGCCUCCCCGGUUUUCUUCAAAGAGCGAACAGCAAAUCUAUCGAGCUUUCAACUGGGUCAAAACCUUUGAGGAAAAGCUCCUUCAGAUUCUGGAGCCAGAGAAUGUGGAUUUGAGGAAGCUCGGUGGUAAACCUGUCGAGGAAGCUUUGGAGGAAGAACUUAAUAAAUUUGUCAAGCAAGAAGACGAGGCAAAAUUCCGUUGCAAAGUUCCCGAGUGUACAAAGCUAUUUAAAGGGCACCAUUUCUGGCGGAAGCAUGUUGAAAAAAGACACCCUGACUGGUUCCUCGAAAUACAGAAAGAACUUACUCUUGUGAACGCCUACGUCCUUGAUCCUGCGCACAUUUCACCGUCAAGGUCCGAUGCUGCGAGCAACGGACAUUUCCCUUUCCCACCAGGACAUGUACCGGCUGGCACACCACGUGGAUUCAAUUUUGCCAACAUGCCGUUCAAUUUCGGCGCAAAUGGGUCCAUGGCGGGCGCCGCCUUUCAAGGAAUGCCUCCCUCAUCGGCUGGAGGUCUCCCUGGAUUCAUGAAUGCUAGCGGUUGGGCAGCCGGCGGAAUGGCAAUGGCCAAUGCUGGCGGGGCUCCGGGGCUUCACAAUCCUGGUGUAAUCCGUCGGGGCCGCCACUUCAAUCGAACCGGCCCAUAUGAUCGUCGAGGCGGUCGCUUCGGUGGAACUGGUGGGACUGGUCCAGGCACCGGUGGUCGCCUGAGCCCUGUUCGUGGUAUGUUCGGAACGCCUCAUGCUGGAGCACCCUAUAUCCCACCUGGUCAUCCAGCCGCAGUGGCUGCGGGUAUGGCAGGGUUUGGGCCUGGCGGCGGACGAUGGGGGGAUACUGCUGGCGGUGGCCCUCAAGCCAUGGGACCGCGUGAGGCCGUUCAAGGCCGGAGCCUGAAAAGCUAUGAAGAUCUCGAUGCUGUUGGCGGAGAUGGGAAUGGGGAGUUAAAUUAUUGA